AUGUCGAUGGGUGUUGCAGCUGCGCUACCAACGGCUUUCAGUACUGUCAUCUACUCCUUAAAACAUGCAGGGGUAUUGAGGGCAGGCGAGAGGAUCCUCAUACAUGCAGCAGCAGGAGGUGUUGGCCAAGCUGCGAUCCAGUAUGCCAAGUUACUCGGGGCAGAGGUAUUCGCGACAGUCUCUAGCAAGGCCAAGAAGGAGCUUUUGAUGAAAGUAUACGGGAUUGCUGAAGAUCAUAUCUUCUCUAGCAGGGAGCUGAGCUUCGCCACAGGAGUCAUGAGGUUAACGAAGAAUCAAGGUGUUGAUAUGAUUUUGAAUUCCCGUCAUGGUGAACCUCUUCGGCGAUCUUGGGAGUGCAUUGCGCCGUUUGGCCGGUUUGUCGAGAUCGGUAACAUGGACCUAAUUGCAGACAAGUUCGACAUGUCGCCGUUUCUUCGAAGUGCUAGCAUAACUGGAGUCGAGUUGACUGUCAUUAUGGAGUACAAACCAGAUGUGAUAAAGAACAUUUUAGAAGAGGUCGUUUCAUCAUGGAACCAAGGAAAGAUACGUUCAGCUCAGCCACUGACCGUGCUAAGCUUUGCACAGCUUGAACACGGUUUCAAGCAAUUGCGAUCCGGACAGAACAUGGGCAAAAUCGUGUUUCAGCCCUGUGAUAGUGACAUCAUCCCCGUGGCUCCUAUUAUUGCACCUCCAUAUACUCUUGAUGCAAAUGUUACAUACGUCUUGGCUGGUGGGCUAGGUGGUGCUGGCCGGAGCCUGGCUGAGUGGAUGGCUUUGCGAGGAGCAAAGCACAUUGUUUUCUUAUCCCGCUCAGGCAGAGUUAACAGGAAAGUCGAAGAGAUGACCUCGUUCAUAGCGCGACAUGGAUGCGAGUAUCGGAUCUUCAAAGUCGACAUCACUAAGAAGGCUCAGCUCAUGUCUGUUUUCACUGAGUGCAGAGAAAAGUUGCCCCCAAUUAAAGGGUGCAUACAGUGCUCCAUGGUUCUUGAAGAUGUAAUCUUCGAAACGAUGACGUACGAGAAUUGGCAGGGAACAACAGAACCAAAAAUUAUCGGAUCUCUCAACUUAUAUGAAGCACUUCCCAGACCACUAAACUUCUUCAUCAUGAUAGCAUCCGCCAGUGGGAUUGUUGGUAACCGUGGCCAAGCUAACUAUGCCGUUGGGAACACUUUUCAGGAUGCUUUCGCCAGGCAUCUCGUUAAGAACGGACAACGGGCAGCUACCAUAGAUCUUAGCUUCGUUACCACAGUCGGUUAUUCCGUCGAACUCCCCGAGUCUCUUACACGGCACAUUAAAAGUUCCGUUGGCCAAGUGGAGGAGGAAGAGAUUCAUGCUCUUGUGGAAGAGAUCGCAGCAGCGCUCACGCAGGACGCCAUUCAAAAGCAAUUGGCCUACAUGAUAAUCUAUUCAGAAGAUGAUAUCGACUCAGUGAAGUCCAUUAAGGGCAGUGAAGUAGAUUCAAUUGUCGCAAUGGAGCUCAGAGCCUGGUUGGUAAAAGAACUUGGAGCUGAUAUUACCAUGACUGAUAUGAUGACCUGGGGAAGCUUGGCUGAUUUGUCUGAGAGUGUGGUAAACUCAAGUAAAUUUGUCCGUGUUUCGAAGUAG